AUGGCCUCUGUAGUGACUCAUUCCGCUGACGCCGUAGAAACAUCAUCAGGGACUAGUAAAACUACAUCUUAUGUAGAUUUUUACACCACGAAAGAUAAAUAUGUAAAGGGCGCUGCAGCUGAGGAGUUUUACCGGGAAGAAUGUCGUGCUCUCAAUGUGAAUCCCAAUAAUACCUUUUCAAAACAGUUACUCGCAGGAGCUACUGUGUUUAAUUUUGAUAAUGGUUAUUUGGGUGAAAAGGGAAUUAUCCCUAUUCUUUCUACGCUUCAAAAAGUUCCAGUGGUGGAGCUUUCUAUGCGCAGCUGUGAGUUAACAGCAGAUGAUGUAGCUUUAAUUCAAAAAACGUUCGCAUCACAUGAGGCACUUUGUAAACUAGACCUACGUGGUAUUACGUUAAGUGUAGCUAGUGCACGUAAGCUACUCACUCUAGCCGUACAAAAUUCAAGAAUUACACAAAUAUUAUUAGAUGAAAAUACACCGAAAUAUGUCUACAUUCAAAAACAAUGUUUUGCUAAUGCUAAUAUAACAAUAUUAGCUUCAAAAUGUUUGGUAUGUAGUAAUACGGUUAUUCAUUCACCGGAUCAGAAGGUAGAACUUCGUUUAUUGUUGGCAUUAGGAGAUGAAUUUAAAAACUUUGAACCUUCUACGGGAGAAAUUGCACUUCAAGUAUUAUUUCGUUGUAUUUUAGCAUGUUGUGAAGCUAAUGAUGGGGUUCUUUAUUUAUGUUCUACUGAGUGUCGAGUACACCUUAUAGAUGAAAUUCUUAUUUCUGCAAGAGCAGUAAUUUCUGAAUGGUUUUCUGGUGUUAAAAGUACGUAUCCAAGAAAUCCAAUCCUACGACGAUGUGUAGUUGAUAUCUUAAAAAGUUUAGCACAAAAACAACCACUACAACAACAUGAAGAAGACAAAAAAAUUAAAGAGCAAGAUAUAACAAAUGGUACAAAUAAUAAUAAUAAUAAUAAUAAUAAUAAUAAUAAUAAUAAUAGUGAUGGUGAUGUUAUUAACCAUAUUGAAAAUGAUGAAGAAACAUAUGAAGAAAGUGAACGUGAUGUGGAAUUAGAGGUAUGUACUAUAUGUGGAAUUCAUGCCGUUUGUAUUUCAAAUGGAUCUUUUUUGGUAAUGGAACAAAUAUGCAAAGAUAUUGAAAAUGAUGCUUUAAUACAUCCAUCUGCGUUUCUCCGAUUGACCAAAUUAAUGAUUUCAUAUGCAGAUGUUCAUCCCUGUUCUGUAGAUUGUGUAGUACAUCUUGUAAGGUUUGGUAUUUACGGUUAUGGUGGAGUCCUUUUACCUCGAACUACUACAGGUGAUGUACUUGUUUCUUCUUUGGAUAUUUCACUUUUACAAUUACCUCUUGAAGAUUUUGCCAUUAUUAACUUUUCAGUGGCUCAUGUUGAUGAAUUAGAUGAAGAAGAUACCUGUUGUGCUCUUACGGUUGCAAGUGUUAUGUCUGAUAUUGAUGGUGUUACUAUUGAUCCAUAUAUGAUAUUUGCUAUUGGUCGUCAUCUCGCCUCACUUUCUUCUGAAGCUCUUGGAAUGGAACUUUAUUAUGCCUGUGAGGCGGCACAAGUUGUUGGUUGUCUUCCUUCAAAUAUGGCUCCUUUUGAUAGACGUAAAGAAAAACCUCCACGAAGUUCUUAUGUAAUGUGGGGAAAAUGGAAAGAAUAUGUUAAUAUGGAUUCUAUUGUACGUGCUGCCUUUUCUAGACGAAGACAUGGUGUAUAUGUUAUUGAUGGACCUCAUUCAAAUCUUUUUGAUAAUACUCGAGCAGUUUUAUGGGCUUUUAGAAAGCAAAGACGUUCUGUAUUAGUUGUGAUGAAAUUUUGUUUAGAUUGGCUUUUACUUCCAGGAGGAGUGGUGUUAAAUGAAUCAUCUAUGAGACGAGGUUUUACCACAACACUUAAAGUUGUUGGUCAAGCAAAUAUAGAUAAUACAUUUUACCUUAUUUGUCAGAGUAAUUUUGGUUUACGUGUAGGAAAUCGUGGUUUCUUUUACAUACCUCGUGGUAUUUUUAACUUAUAUGUUACUGGAAGUGCAUAUAUAUUUAUUGAUGCUGAAGCAUAUCGAGUAAGUAAAGGAGAAAAGGUAAAACUUUACGCUGAAAAGGUAUUACCAGAGACAUCAUUAGAUUUAGUGAAUCGUGUUCCUUUACUACGGGAAUUACAUUAUCACUGCAGUGAUGCUCUUGUGUGGAAAAGGCGUUAUCAACUAAAAACCACACGAUUGAUCUGUGAUGCUCUUCGUCACCUUCCACCUUCUCUCUUCUUCACAUACCGCAAUUGCACACGUUCCUUAUCUCCCGCGCAGCAUGAACUUCUUCGCACAAUUGAACUUCUCUGCCGCUCCGCCACCACCCGUUCACUUCUUCUCUUUUACAUGAAUGAAGUGUUGGGACCACGUGCCGUUCUGUGGAUCCGUGGGGUUCUCAGCAGACUCGCCCAACUCCCACCGCACUGCCUGCAACUGCAGAGAGCCGCAGAGUCCCCAGCAGACACGCAACAAGAACGGAGUCUCGCACGACUGCAGUGGAUAUCACUAACCACCGUGAAGAGAACCGUCGUGACAACUCCACAGUUACCACAACCAACACAAGCAAAGAAAUCUUUGGUACGAAGAGCAACCAGACGACUGACAGAAAAACGUGCAAACAAGGAAACAAGAGAUAUAUUUCGAUCAAGAUUAGAAUCUCGUUGGUCAUCUAUGCGAGAACAAUCACUUAAAGGAGUAGGAUCAAGUAAUACUAAUAGUGCUAGUAUUAGUCUUGGUAGCAGUGGAACAUUUUCUCGUCUUACUCCUAGAAUGGGAUCGCCAAGAUCAUUCUCUGUACGUUCAAUGGCACUUGGAAGAGAUAUGAUUCCUCCUAUACUUGUUGGUGAGCCAUGGCAUUCUAUUCGAUUAUGUGAUGCGGAAGGUGAAAUUACAGAAUAUGCUAUGUUCUUUAUAAAAAGUUAUGUAUGUUGUUUUAAUAUGAUAAAUCAAACUAUUACAUUACCUUUACAACCUAUAAUGGAAAGUUCUGUAAUAUCAAAUUUUCCAUUUCCAACAGGUUUUAAUUGUGUAUUAAAUUGUCCAGUAAAUCCUCGAAUUGCACAUUUCUUUUGUGGAGAACAAUGGAUAGAGUGGGAUACCUAUCGUCAAAUUUGUGUAGGUGGUCCAUAUAAAUUACGACUUCAUAAACUUUUUGAAUCAUUACCAGAAGAAUUUCUUAGAGGUAUUGAUGCGGCAGUAGCCAUACCGAAUUCAUCAUGCGCAUUUUUCUUUUCACAACUCAAAUAUAUUUGUUUUGAUUAUGCUCAACAAAAACCUAUUGGUAAAGUAAGACGUAUUGGAGAUACAACAGAAACUGGUGAAGAAGAUAUUCCAUCUUUUAGUAUUGCCUUAUCAAGGUUUUUUCCUUAUGGUCCAAUGGCAACUCUACUUAAAAAUGCAAGUGAAGAUGAACCGAAUGAGGAAAAUGUAACAUAUGAUAGUAAUAAAAAAACAAUCAUGUUAAUUGGUCGUGAUGGACAUGUAGCUAUCGUACACAGUUUUGCAAAAUCUAAUAGUAAAACUGAUACAGAUGUAUUUUAUACACUUCCUGUAUCUUCUAUUGCCCGACUUCCACUAGCAUUACGACAGAUGACUACUGCAGCUUUACAUAGUGUUUGUGAGAAUGCCUUGAAUGCUGAAUGUAGUAGAUGUUGUGUCGUAGUAGAUGGUACAGAACAGAGUGAACGUUAUGUUAAUGCUAUAACUGGUACAUUUACUAGACAAGGUGAAGAUUUAAAUGCUCUCUUAUCUCUUACACGUCGUGGAGUUGCAAGUGGAGUUAUGCCACUUUUACGAGAUGAAGUUAUCUUUAUUCAAACAGAAGAAAGUAUUCUUAGUGAUGUUCCACAAGUAGUAGAAGUGGAUUAUGGAUCUAAACAUCCAGUUGCUUUUAGUGUACUUGUUCUUGUAUUAGAAACAUCUUCUAUUGAUCCUAGAAUACUUCGUCUUGCUCCAAUUGAAGCGGUAGUGGAAAGUAGUGAUGAUGGAAUUACAUAUAUUUUACAUCGACAAUUUACGGCAACACCAUAUGUUACUGCUAUUUGUUGGGGUGAAGCUCAUGUAACUCGUUUUUGGCGAAUACGUUUUUUAACUCGACUUCCCAUUGGAACUGGUAUUGCACGUCUUUUAUGGUAUGAGUCUAUACAUGUUAUUGGUAGUGAUUCCUUAGAACCUACGAUUCCACUCACCUCUCAUGUCUUUUCAAAGGUGAAAAUAAUAGCCCCUCAGAUAUUAUGUGAACCUAAAGCUAUAUUAAAUAGUGUUUCACCAGGUUCUGUUUUUGCAACUCCAUCAUCUGCUGGAUGGUUUAAAAAACAUUGUAUUUUACCUUUACUUCCAGAUGGAGCCAUGUGUUUACUUUUCUCUGGAGAUAGUUUUGUAGAAUUGGAUUGUAAAGAAGGUAUAGUUGUACUUCAGCGUGCAGUUUCAUUUUCAGAUCAUCCUGCUUUUGUAGGUUUACCAUACCCUUUUACAGAAGGAUUUAAUGCAGUAUUUUAUCCUAAUUUUGAAAACUCACAAACGGUGGCUCUUAUUCAUGGGAAAGAAAUCUUAUUAUGGAAUCUUCAACUUGGUGUAAAGGAGACUGUAACGAAUGAAAAUUCUGUUCCUCUUUUUAAAGGAAUGCCAUGGAAUUUAGAUGAAGUAGAAGAUGUGGUUCAAAUAUGGGAUAAUCCAAGUGAAGUUUUUAUAAUACGAAGUCCACAAGUUAUUCGUUGGAGUAUUACAAAAGGUGAAAUUGUAGAAGGUCCAAUGUUUUUAAAUGAAUGUCCUCAACUCUAUCAUGCUGAAUUUGAUGGAAAACCAAUUCUUUGUGUCACUUCUUUUCCUGAUGAUCCUAAACGUUUUUACGUUUUUUGUGAAGAUCGUGUAGCUGCUCAGACUGUAAAAGCAGGUGUUAUAUCUGAUAUAAUGAAACCAAAAAAGGUACGUCAUUUUGAUUUAUUUAGUCCUGUUUUGUGGUAUUUAAAUUGGGGAAAACGAUUAUAUGAUUCCACUAUUCAAAUUGAUUUUAGAGAAGAAGAACCCCUUUUAGUAGGUUUAAUUGUACAGAGUUCUGAACCAUGUGAUGAGGAUUGGAUUAUACAAUAUAGUGAUGAUGGUUCAGAGUGGUAUACGGUUGGUCGUCAUCGACAAUCUUUAUCUCGUAGUCGAACAAUGUGGGGACUUUCAAGUGUAGAUAAUGUUUCUCAUCGACUUUGGCGACUUACAUUAGAUGCUUCUCAAAAACAAGAUAAGGAAUAUAAAGAUUCUGUAUUUUAUGCGAAUAUAUCUUUUCUUACACUUUCUUCAGUUUCAUGCCGUUUGAGUCCACAAAAAGUUGCACUUUCUGGAACCUUAAAUAGACCUAUUUCUACUCUUUUCACAGAUGAAAAGGCAACAGUGGCAUUUGAGAAUUUAAUGGAUUCUACAAAAAUGACAGAACCACCUAUUCAACAUAUUACAUUAGAUUAUGGUGAUAAUAAUCCUCCAGAAAUCAUGGGAUUUUCUUGUCGAUGUAAAACAGAUCAAGUAAAUACUAUAUGGAGUGUUUGGUGUAGUGAUGAUGGAGAACAAUGGGAAAAUUGUGGUUUAUGGCGUAGUUCUUUUCGAUAUUUUAAAGUUUCAUGGAAACCAAGUGGUCCUCGUCAGUAUUGGCGUAUAGAAUUACAAACAUGGGAAGCGAAUGUAUUGUAUGAAAAUCUUUCUCUUUUUAGAUACAUUGGUCCUUCUAUUCUUCUUGAAAAUACUACCCCAUUGGGUGAAGGAUGGGACCCUUCGGUAUUAUGGGAAAAAACCUCAGAAAAUUGUAAAGUAACACCUUUGGUAUUUUCAGUUCAAGUUGGAACUUCCAUUGCAUUAGAUACAAAAUCUAAUGCUGCUCAAAUUGUUGGUGUACGUAUGGUUGGACAUGGUAAGCAAAGUACAUCUACUAAAUUUGCUGUUGAAUGUAGUUCUAAUGCUAUAGAAUGGCGAACACUUGAUGCUACUUUACUUUUACGUGGAGGUUCAACUCAAACUGAAUGGGAUGGAACCAAUUCUUUCCGUUAUUGGCGUCUUCGUGUUUUAAAUCAUACUGGACCAUCUACUCUUAUUAUUAGAAGUAUUUCUUUUAAUACUUUAAAACCAACUCUAUAUUAUGCAGUAGAGUCAUCAUCACCUUCGAUAUCUAAUUCUUCUGCUGAAUUAUGUAUUUCAGGUGAAUUAAAGGAAAUAGUCGCCGUACAUGCGGUUCUUCCUCCUAAUUCUGUUUAUACAGUAGAGAAACUUUCACUUGAUGGUCAUACUUGGGAGGAAAUUACAACCGUGCAGAACACUAACACUAUGCAAAGUAGAAGUGUACGUAAAGGUUGGAUACCGCGAGGAGGCUCCUCUAGAUGGCGUCUCUCUCCUGCCCCUAUUGAUGGAGUUUAUAAUGAGAAUAGAAAUGAAGAUGAUGGAGAAGAAUAUGCAGUAGUACUUUCACCUCCUCUUGAUAAUAAUGCUCAAGUUAAAUGGUUAGCCUUUACAGGUAAAACACUAAUUUCAUCUGAUUGUAUGAAUUAUUCCAAUAUAGAGAUUAGUGUAAAUAAUUUUGUAGAAGUACAAGCUGCUAAACGUCUCACAGAGAAUAUAACAGAAACAGUAGUACUUCGUUCUGUUGAUGAAGUAAAAGAAGCCAGUGUGGUUUGGUUUUUUGAUGGAAGUACAAGUCCUCUUUUUCAUCAGGUCUAUUUAAAGGGACGAAGUGUUUUUAAUCCUAAUGUGAUGACCACAUCUGCUUCUCCGUCCAUUCCAUCAAUAGAUAUUUCUUCAACUGGUAAUACACAACCAAAGAAAACAUCAUCACGUAAAGGAGCAGGGAAUCGUGCUGCAGUAAAUGUGAUAGAAACUAAAAUUGAAGAAAGUGAACCUGUACCUUUAACUAUUGUAGUAGAAACAAGUGGAAAUGGUACGGAUUAUUUAGCUCUUGCAGAAUGUCUUUUCUCUCAAGAUGGUAAUGCCCUUUCAUGGCAAACGGGUGUAGCUUCUCCUUAUUGGAGAGUUACAUUUAAAGGAAUUCCAAAAACAGAAUUUAUAGAGAUACGUCAAGUUACAUGGUUUAUAGAAAAAGGUUUAACUUCUGUAUUAGUGCCUCACUCACCAUGUAUGUUAAGUAAUCCCAUGUAUAGUACUUGGCAAAGUGCUGCAUUUAAUCAUGAAGAUGAAUUUGUUCGAAUGUGUCAAGAAGGAUAUGAUCAGGCGAAAAGUGUUGCGAGUGGACUUCGUGAACCAGAUGAUAUUGAACGACAUGGUAUUAUAGCUCAACAAAUUAUUCGUUUAAAAGGUGAAUUUAGUAAUUUUAUUACUAAAAUUGCUAAAGAAGCUAUAAAAGAAAAAGAAUUACCACUUGAUAAAUAUUUAUCUCUUGGUAGACAUCUUAGUCAUGAUGUGAUGUAUAAACUCUAUAGAGCUGCAAAACGGUAUGGAUCUGAUGUAGAUGAUCUUAAUGAGUUAGUAUCUCAUCCAAUGGUUUUUGCUCCUGAUCAUUCCAAAUCAAAAGAUACAAUUCCAUGGUUUUAUCCUAGAUAUGAAGAAAGUGGAAUGUUGGUAGAAAGUUUUUAUGGAUUUCAUAAUGUUCGAGCUUCUUUAAUCGUUUUAUGGAGUUUAUCUUUACAACUUCAGUGGAAUACAGAUCUCUUGGGAACUACUUGUAUGACUCCUCUUGAUCCACAUAUUGCUUCUGUUAUUAUUGUAGUGAAUAUUGGUCAAAAUAAUUGGUUAGCAGCUGAACAUUUUCCUGAUCUUCCACUUUUAUAUCAUGCUGGAUUUACGGAAAGACCAGUCGUCCUUGCAUUUACACUGAAUCAAAUAACAUUUACCUCUAAAUACAAUUUAAGUAUUCCUGGAAAAGAUCCGUUUCCUGCUGUAUAUCCAUUUAAUUUACUUCCUGGAGUAAAUUUUAUUCAACAUAUGUCUCUUUCAAAUUGUCCAUGUCCUAUUUUUGAUCGACUUCAACUUUUAUAUUCAAAAGAAUUCAUUGCAAAAUAUGAAACUGAAGUUAUUUUUACAGCUCCUAGAAUUCAAAGUACUACUGCUGUUGUUCGUUUUACCUUACCAGGAGAUAAUGUAAAGUUUCCUAUACCUGGUUUAAGUAUAGGAAGUAUUGAAUUUGAGGUUCAAUUAUUUAAUGAAUUUGAUAAUAAUAAUAAUAAUACUAAUAAUAAUAAUAAUAAUAAUAAUUCUAUUAUUACUCCUUCUAAUACAACAGAGAAGGCUUUGGGACAAUCACAUGUAAUAAGCUUUGUUACUCACAACACCACCUUUGUACAUCCCAAUGGAAAUUAUUCGCUACAAUUAAGCCUUUCAGGAUUCAUUAGUAGUACGGAGGAUAAAAUUACAAUACAAGGAAUUUCAUCCAGUGCGCAUAUUCCUAUACCACAUACUCUAUCUAGUUCUUUUAUUACAAACAUUAAAACUUCCUUUGAACUUGUAGCUGGAGAAACUCCACAAACUUUUCUUGAACCUUCUUUUGAAGUAGAAGGAAUUUUAACUACACCUUCAACGGGAAGUUAUUUAUGCCGUUUUAAACAAGGUAAUUUGAAUUGUAGUUGGGAAUCCAUAUCUUUACAAGUAGUUGAACUACAACUGGAUAAUUUUAUUAAACUUACAGAUUAUCUUGUAGGUAUUUCACCACAACGAGAACAUUCAGAAUGGACCAAAACUAUUCCUAUCUAUAUUACAACAGAUCUUCAGUUAAAUUUAAUGGAUGUUAAUUUUUAUGGACGUGGUACUAUUGAUUUCGCAGGUACUUAUGGAGAUGUUAAUGUUACUCUUUCUGAUAAAGGUAUUGGAAUUAUUACAACACUUACAGAUCUUCGUCUUGGAACUAUGUUAUUAUGUGGGAAAUCUGAUGAAGGAUCUGUGGUAGUGAAUAUUACUGCUCCUAUGAAUGAAGCUCCUCUUAUUCGAAUUUAUGGAUAUAGUUCUUUACUUGGAUUAAAACCUUCUCCAAUAAAAAUUGAAAUUUCUCCUAGUGGAGUUUUAUGUGUUUCUACAGGUGUAUUUUAUGAUAUAUAUAUAGAAGAGGAUGCACUUUUUCCUUCCAAAAUGUAUGCACAGGUAACAGUAUCGGAAAAGGUUUUAACAGAAUGUCUCUCUGAAAUAUUACAAGAAACUCCAAUAAUAUCUGUUUUACUUUCAAAGGAAAUUCCUUUUUCAUUUCAAUUAAAAGAGGUAUUUGUUGAAGAAUGUAUGUUGGGUCAACAAUUAAUGUUUCUUACCGUACGAGGUGUUUUAUUUGGUUGUUGUUUUGAUGUCAUGACUUCUUUGGUAUUUCCUGAAAAUAAUAUGCAAGAGGUUCGACGUGUCUGUCAGAAUCUCGUCGCUGCCAUUGUCGAACAAUGUGAUGAACCCUUAUGGGCAUCAUUUGAUUUGUUCGUUGGUAAUACUACACGCGGUAGGGCAUUAGAUAUGUCAUAUCACCAAAAGGGUGAUGAUGAGAGAGAUAAUAGUAAUACUACUACUACUACUACUACUACUACUACUACUAAUAAUAAUAAUAAUAAUAAUAAUAAUAAUAAUAAUAAUAAUAAUAAUAAUAAUAAUGCUAAUGGUUAUUAUGAUCAUGGGAAAUCUCAGAUGACAGGAGGAGAUGAGUCACUUUCUACUCUGACACGACACCUUGUGAGGGCGACACACGGAAAGUUUCUUAUUCAUUGGAUGGAUCGCGAGUGUGAGACACUGGAUUCAGAAAUACAGGAAGAUUUUGAUCCGCCUGUAGAUGAUGAAUUUGGUGAAAUAUUUGAUGGUUUGGAAAAUACAAAUGAAUGA